AAAUGAAACUAAAAGAAUUGAGAGUGUUUGGCUGUUCUCUAAAUCUUAUUUAUAAUAUAAAAUUUUAACAUCAUAACAUAUAAUACUAAUUCAUUAUAUUAAAUUCAUAACUACAAACCCGCACAUCCAGUUUAAAAAAAUACAAACUGCAAAAUAUUUCAAACCGUAUUUUUUAUACAAUAUAAUAUUAUGGAGUGCGAGCAAUUUGUACAGUGUGAGCAGUUUAACAAACUAAUUGAUAGUUUUGAGGCAUCAUCCAUAAAAUUUAGGCAUUUUUUCAAAAUAAUAAUAAUAACAAUAAAGAAGUUGAAGAAGAAGAAAGAUGUUGAAAUUGGAAACGCAAUCGCAAAAUUCUGAUUCGUAAAACAAAACCCCCUUUUUCAUGCUCAACUAGCUCCAAACCAAACCAAAUGCCUUCCUCUGAGAUCGAGAUUGAGGUCAUUUCAUCGGAAUCCAAGUCCCAAUCUCCUCCUCCUCCUCCUAACGAAGUCAACAUCUUCGACGUUUUCUCCGCUUCCGCUUAUGGCGAUUUCAACAAAUUACGAAUCUUCGUUGAGGAAGAUGCUUCUUCUCUCACUAAGCCCGAUAACAAUGGCUAUUACGCCCUUCAGUGGGCUGCUCUCAAUAAUUUUCCCCAUAUUGCUCAUUACAUCAUUGAGCAUGGAGGCGAUGUCAAUGCAGCUGAUAACGUGCAACAAACAGCAUUGCAUUGGGCAGCAGUGCGAGGUGGGAUUGCUGUGGCAGAUGUGCUCUUGCAGAAUGGUGCCCGGGUUGAGGCCUCUGAUUUAAAUGGUUACCGGGCAGUUCAUGUUGCUGCUCAAUAUGGACAAACAGCUUUCUUGAAUCAUAUUGUUGCCAAGUAUCAUGCUGAUUUCGAUGCACCAGAUAACGAGGGGAGAAGUCCUCUUCAUUGGGCUGCUUAUAAGGGAUUUGCAGAUACUAUUCGAUUACUUUUGUUUAGAGAUGCAUCCCAAGCGAGAAAAGAUAAAGAAGGUUGUACUCCAUUGCACUGGGCUGCAAUGAGAGGUCAUGUGGAAGCUUGCACUGUGCUUGUACAUGCGGGCACCAAGCAGGAGUUAAUGGUGAAAGAUAAUGCUGGGUUUACUCCAGUUCAGCUUGCAUCUGAUAAAGGUCAUCGGAGUAUCGCUCUUGUACUUUCUAAUGCACAGCGUGCUAAUAGCAAGAGUUGGAGAGACAGAUUUAUUAGUGGGAAGAUUCUUACUAAUGGGUAUGCCCCUAUUUUAUUGUGUAUAAUAAUUGGUCCCCUGAUUCUCUUCAUGAAUUCAGUUCUUGCAGCUCCUAAUAUGACGAAAGUUACCGCUGUUGUUGGCCUCUGGGGGUGGACUGCGGUUUCUCUGGCAAUUGGCUCAUUGAUAAUGUUCUAUAGGUGUAGUAGUAAAGAUCCAGGUUAUAUAAAAAGACCAGGGGACUCGGGUUUCUCUGUCGACACAGAGGAUCUACUAUUGAAAAUUGAUCAUAACUGCUCUUCCGAAUGGACUGGAAAUUGGUCUCAACUUUGUCCGACCUGCAAGAUAAUUAGACCUGUUCGUGCUAAGCACUGUCCUACAUGUAACCGAUGUGUAGAACAGUUCGACCAUCAUUGUCCAUGGAUUUCUAACUGUGUGGGGAAGAGGAACAAGCGAGAUUUCUUCAUAUUUAUCUGCAUGGGAACAAUGACGGCAUUGAUUUCUGCCGUAGUUUCUGUUCAAAGGAUUUGGACAGCGAUACCAUCAUUGCAAGGCGAAGAGAGUUGGAUUCAUUUCGUGCUAGUUCACUAUCCCGGCGCAGUUGCGUUUUUGGCGAUGGAUUUCAUUGUUUGUAUUGUCGUGACAACACUGACCAUAGCGCAGGCUUCUCAGAUAGCUCGAAACAUCACAACAAACGAAUUAGCAAAUGCCAUUCGGUAUGGAUAUCUCCGCGGGCCAGAUGGGAAGUUCCGUAACCCCUACAAUCAUGGUUUUCGGAAAAACUGUGGAGAUUUUCUCAUCAAGGGUUACACAGAUGAUGAGAAAAUUGCUUGGCCUCCAUUGCAGCAAGUUGCAAGUUAGUAGAACCGGUCUGGUCGGUUGGCCGACCGGCCGGUAUGUGUAACCCUAAUUUGUAGGGGUGAUAUUUUUUUUCUUCUUUCCUUGUUUAUGGAUGGGAUGAGAUCAUGUAAAAGAUACCAAGUCCUUUGUUGUAUGUACAUACAAAAACAAUUCAAAUAAUCAAACAAGAAAUAAAAUUAUGUGGAUGUCCAAAUCUUUUAUUUAUUACCAUUAAUGUAAUCAACAUUCCCUUUUUCUUA